AUGGCUCCAUCUUUUCUCUCGCUCCCGCCAGAAUUGCGCCUUCAGAUAUACCGAUAUCUCCUCUGCCACAGCUCAUGGAUUCAGGCGCGAACAUUUGAGACUCCGAGGUGGCCUAUUAUCAACCGAGCCCAAAAACUUCUACCCGACUGUGAACGGGAGGCGCUAAGGGUGUUCUCGCUGGAGAGCGCCGUCUUACGGACGUGUCGCACGGUCUAUUCAGAAGCCAAGCCCGUCCUCUACGGACAAAACACCUUUCUUUAUUCUUGCGUCGCGUCAAAGUUCGUUACGGAAUACGGCAUGAUAGGGUUCCUAGACAAGAGACUGAAACAUAUACAGCAUCUAAAGCUCGAAAUUGAAGAUAUUACCUGGUGUGGAGUGUCCACUGCGGAGAGUGUUGCUCGCGCAAUUCAGUACUUCGUCGAGCGUGGUUGUGAACUGGGGACUUUCGAGCUUAUUUUGAAUCAGCUAUGGGACAGACCUGGAGGAUAUUAUGAAGACAGACACCAUCUGCUCAGAGAAAUUGCUGCCAGCCAGGAAGUUAUGGCAGCACUGGUUGAGCUGGAAGUUUCCAAGACCUUGACCGUUUCAAUUUGGUUUCUGCACGAAGCCGAAGCCUCUGAGCAUGAGCUUCAAAAGUCAUCAGCUGACAAGAUCGAGGAUUUUGUGGACCGUUUGGCGUCCGAAAAGGGGAUGACUGCCACGCGAAUUGUUAUCGAGGAUACUAAGGGAGACGGAGCCGAAGAUGACUCCGAAGGGGAAUAUAAUCGUGAUGAUGAUUGGGCUUUCAUCCCGUACAAGCUGUCCUGGUGCCUUCGCUCGCAGCGCUCCGAGCAGCAGAGCGCCGAAGGGGCCAGUACAAGCGAUUGA